AUGGCUUUGUGCCAACAGUUGGCCGCUGGGGCAGGGCAGGCACGCGGGCCCUGGAUCAGGGGUGUUCCGCUACCCCUGCCAGUCUGGGCCCAUUACGAGUCACCAGCCCUGACCGUCUCCACGGUCGAACAGUAUGAGGAAUUAGCAGGCAGCGUUGAACUUGAAACGCAACGCUUAUUGCGUGAGCAUCGCUAUGACACUAUUGGCAAUUUCCUCAGGUUCUACAAGGACUACACUGCAAGUGGAGAAAGUGCGCUGGAUCGAUUCUACCGGAAAUAUCAGCCACUGAUAACACACGAACACCAUACUUGCGUCGGUCUUGGAUUUGAAUUAUUACAUCGAUUAACAGGAUUAAACAAGCGAUUCCCAGGAAUAGCAAGUGGCCUCUACUUAGUAUCUUGUGAAGAGACGAUUGGUGAUAUCGCCGGCUAUGUUGGCGGUCCACCAGCAGCAGAUAGCGGCGAGAAGGAGCAUGUACUAGUGUGCCUGAAAAUCGAGAUUGGCGGACGUCGUGGUGUCAUGCUACUCGAUCCUGGUUACCACGUUGCGCGCGUUAUCACUGUGAUGGCCGAUAAGUCAUACCCUCACACGGGCUGGUUCACACAAUCCGAUGAACCGACCUGUAAGAAAGAGUACAACUACUGUCUAUGUGCCGACGAUCCCGAUUAUGUCGAGUGGCAUGAGAAAACUCGACCUGGUGCCUUGGAGAGGACGCAAGUUGCUCUCAUUUAUGUGGCAAGGCCAUAUUUAACUGCCAUUGACGUUACAGAACGUAGAAACUUGGUUUAUAAUCAGAGAAGUCUUCUUGCCAGAGAUACUAAGGGUCAUGUUACCGCCGGCAUAUAUUUCCCCAUUGUACUAGACAUGAAUAACAGUCAGACCUUCACAAUUUUCUACCAAACUGGUAACGGGAAGAAACGAGUAAAAAUGGCAUUUAGUAAAUUUUAUGGUUCACCUAAGAUAAGUCCUGAUACCGAGGAAAUGGAAAUGAUAGCAGAAUGUGCUCGGCAACUCAAUAUUUCGCAAGAGAUCUUGGAAAAUAUUCUCUCUGCUCUUGCCACUAUCAUGAAUGAUUCGUCAUUCAUAGCACAGUUGCUGGCUAUCAAUGCAAGAAUCAACACCUUAGCCGAAGCAAAUUAACAAAUGGAAGUCACUCCAAUCAAUGGAGCAUCAACGCAUCACGUUUUACUAUUUUUUUUGCCAGCUUUCCUCUUACGUUUUAUUUCUUUUAUUAUCUCUCAUGGUUUAUUUGUUUCAUGGUUUCUUUUGUUUGUUAUAAUUACAAUGCUUGUAUAUGUAAUGAAUAUGCAAGGACAAAUCAUGCGAUGUUUUUUUAAAAAUUCUCUUUUUGAUUUGAAUUGUUUUUUAUGCACAUAAUUCAAUAAAAACGUUAGACAUGAUUGGAUCGCACUGAUUUAAAGAUAUAUAUAUGUAUAUUUUAAGUCUCAUCAUUUUAUACAUUCGUUUUUAAUGUAGAACGCAACGCAAAACUGAUCAUUUUAAAAACACAAAAAAAAAUUUUAAACAUUGUGUUGCUUUUUUAUAUUUUAUAACUUGAAUAUGCUAGCUUUUGGGUUUUAUGGUAAUAUAAUAGAUCGAUAUGAUAAUAUUUUCAUUGAACAACAUUGGUACUAAAAGGCAGUUAAUAGAUUACUAUUUAUAUAGAAAAAAAAGGACUGCACUUAAAAGUUAUAUUGUGGUACAAGGGAUACUUUUUGUUCCGCUGUGUGCGCGCGCUUGCGCUGCAUGUCGUUUCUUUAGAAUGUAAUAUGUAUAUCUUUCAAUUAUAAAC